AUGGCAACCACCAAGAAUUCUGCAGUGUCUGAGGACCCGGUCGAUGUCCUCAUUGUCCUGCAUAACAAGUUCGACCUUCUUGACUUUGCUGCCGUUGUCAAGGUUCUGACUUCUGCUCUCCACGACAAGAAUGACACUGCUACCAAGGCCUUCGAGAUCACUACUGUUGGUGCCGAAGCCAAGGUUCUCUCUUCUCAGGGCGUUCUUGUUGGUCCCAACCUCUCGUUCAAGGACGCCUACGAGCAACUCGACACCUACGAUGUCCUUGUUAUCCUUGGCGGUGAUUAUGACACCGUUCUCAAGAACAAGGCUGAACCCCUUCCAAUCAUCAAGGCCUACAGUGACCUCCAGAUGAAAGACAACCUCCGAGAGCGUACUCUCUUGUCCGUCUGCUCUGGAUCCAUCUUCCUUGCUGAGCAAGGUAUCCUCUCGGGCCUAGCAGCCACGACCCACCCAGACUACAUGACCGCCUUCGAGAACACUUGCAGUCACUCCUCCGUCCGCGAUGGUACGGACAGAUGUGAUGUCGAUGAGAUUGCUCGCUAUGUAGUCAACAACCUCCGCUUCGAUCUUGGUGACGAAGAUGAGAACCCCUACAUUCGCCGCAAGUCAGAUGCAGGCCAGCAACGAAGUGGCCCUGGCGCCCGAAAGGGAAGCAUCUCCUUCAAGGGCAUGUCUCGCCGCGAGUCGGUGGCUCGUCGCGCAGCCAUGAGACUCGGUGGCCUGCGUGUUAUUACAAGUGGGGGUUCGACUGCUGGCAUUGAUGCAACUUUGUAUCUUGUCAGCAUUCUCGUUGACGAAGAUGCUGCCAAUGAGGUGGCUCGCUCUCUGCAGCACAACUGGGUCAAGGGUACCGUCGUUGAUGGUCUCGACGUUUAG